AUGUCUGGUUUCGACGCAAAUCGCGUAUACUCUGUUUCCGUUCAUGAUCUCCCCGCUGCCACAACUCCCGAUACGCCGUCAGAAACUGAAAAAUUACUCGUCGACUUUAUUCUCUCAUUUCGGGUUGGAGGAGAAUUCGUUUAUCGCGAUCUUUUACGUGGAAACAUCCUUUUAAAGCAGCAUUUGCUUGAAGUUGAUUUACGACACGUGGGUCUCUACAAUGAUGAGCUCGCGCACGCAAUCCAAGACAAGCCAGCCGACGUUUUGCCAUUGUUUGAGAAUGCGGCCACCAAAGUGGCACGUAACAUCCUAUACCCUUUGGCAGGAAACUCCGAGGAGCGAACAGAAGCGGCUGCUGAAGCUAUCCCCAAAAUUCAAAUCACAAUUAAAUCUGGCCUCAAUCUUCUUCAAGUACGUGAGCUAACAGCAAAUACCAUAAACAAGUUGGUUCGUAUUCCGGGAAUCGUUAUUUCAGCUUCUGUCCUGUCGUCACGAGCAACCAAGCUUCACCUUCAAUGCCGUGCAUGCCAUUCAACGAAAAUUAUAUACCCUCAAGGUGGCCUAGGAGGAAUGGGAGGCGGUUCGGAAAAAGGUCUUCCUCGUGUUUGUGAUGCUCCAGAACCACCUGGUCAGAAAAAGGACUGUCCCCUCGACCCAUAUCUUAUUAUCCAUUCCAAGUCAACCUUUGCCGAUCAACAAACUUUGAAACUUCAGGAAGCACCUGAUAUGGUGCCCGUUGGAGAGCUUCCGCGCCAUAUGCUCCUUAGUGCAGACCGUCACUUAACAGGCAAAGUAGUCCCAGGUUCACGGGUUAUCGCAUCUGGUAUCUACUCACAAUUUCAGUCUUCCAAAAACGUCAGGACUAUUGCAGGCACUGCGGCUUUACGACAGCCAUACCUUCGUCUCGUUCACCUCGAGUUGAUGGCACCUGGGGGUUCAGGAGGUUCAAAUCCAUUUGGUGCACAAUUUACACCUCAACAAGAAGAGGAAUUCCAAGAGAUGGCAAGGAGUGAAAAUUUCUACGAACGUUUUGCGAAGAGUGUUGCUCCCAGUAUUUUUGGCAGCCUUGAUAUCAAGAAGGCUAUAGCAUGUCUACUUUUCGGAGGAUCGAAAAAAGUUCUCCCAGAUGGGAUGCGCCUUCGCGGCGAUAUCAACGUCCUGCUUCUAGGCGAUCCUGGUACCGCGAAAAGUCAGUUGCUCAAGUUUGUUGAAAAGGUUGCUCCCAUUGCGGUGUAUACUUCAGGGAAAGGAUCCAGCGCUGCUGGUUUGACGGCAUCCGUACAGAGGGACUCAGUAUCUCGUGAAUUUUACCUUGAAGGAGGUGCAAUGGUUCUAGCGGAUACUGGAGUGGUUUGCAUAGACGAAUUCGACAAGAUGCGUGACGAAGAUCGAGUAGCCAUCCACGAAGCCAUGGAACAACAAACAAUUUCAAUUGCCAAAGCCGGCAUCACGACGGUGCUCAACUCUCGAACCAGUGUUUUGGCUGCGGCCAAUCCUGUAUUUGGACGUUACGACGAAGGAAGGAGCCCAGGAGAAAACAUCGACUUCCAAACCACCAUAUUGUCGCGUUUCGACAUGAUCUUUAUUGUUCGGGACGAGCAUAACGAAUCAAGAGAUAAGAUGAUCGCGAAACACGUCAUGAACAUUCAUAUGAAUCGGCCUAACGUGAAUGGCGACGAGAAUGGCGAUGCAGUGGGCGAAAUCGAUCUGGACAAAAUGAAGGCAUACAUUGCGUAUUGCAAGAGCAAAUGUGCCCCGCGUCUAUCUGCUAAUGCUCAAGAGAUGUUGAGCAGUCAUUUCGUAAAUCUUCGAAAAGAGGUGCAACAAGUGGAGCAGGACAAUGAUGAGCGCAGUUCCAUUCCUAUUACGAUACGUCAACUGGAGGCGAUCAUUCGAAUUUCCGAAUCAUUAGCCAAGAUGACCUUGACACCAGUUGUCCAGAACCACCAUGUGGAAGAAGCCAUCCGACUCUUCAAAUAUUCUACGAUGGAUGCUGUCUCCGCCGGCUCUGUUGAUGGUAUGUCUCGCGGGGCACUGAAUGAGGAAAUGACACGGAUAGAAAAGGAACUGCGACGACGACUACCUGUUGGAUGGAGUACUAGUUACCAGAGUCUUGUUCGUGAAUUUGUGACACAGCAGGGCUACUCCAGUCAUGCUCUUGAGAGGACGCUUUUCAUUUUGGAGAAGCGCGAAAUCAUUCGGUUUAGCGGCCAGAAAAAAGUGGUCCAUAGAAUCGGUGUUUAA